UUAUAUAUCAAGAAAUUAAAUGAGAAGCUUUUCUUAGUAAAAGAAUUGUAUGUUUUGCAGGUUGUGUUUCCAAAUCUAGAGAAACUAAAUUUGUCCUGGAUUAAAAUAAACCAGUUAUGGAUAACAUCUUCCUAUGCUGUGACUUCUCAAGAAAGCUUGAAUUUCAAAAAGGUUAAAUCUCUACAAAUUGAUAAUUGUAGCAGCUUAGAAUACCUUUUUACCCCUUCCAUGGUAUCAAGUCUUGUGCAACUCGAGAACUUGGAUGUGUCAUGGUGUGAAGAUUUGAAACGAGUGAUUAUGGUAGAAGGAGUUGAGGAGGAAGUGAACACAGAGUUGAUAUUCCCACGGCUAAACUCCAUUUCACUAGCCGAGUGUGACAAGUUGUCAAGUUUCUAUGCUGGAAGUUAUGCACUCAAGUUCCAAUUGGCCAUAAAAAUUAAAAUACGAGACUGUCGAAACAUGAUUACAUUUGCUUCUACAUUUUCAACAGAGCAAGAGAAAGAGACAACUUAUCGAGGAACUGAGGGACACCUUGGAAAGAAAGAACCAGAUAUCCGUAGUCGAACUUUAUUUUAUGAUGUGGUUGACAUUCCUCUCUUGGAUGACUUGGAUUUGAUGCGCAUUUGUGUACAACAAAUAUGGCACAGCCAAAUUACAUUGAUGUCCUCAUCUGUUCAAAACUUGAGGAAAUUGAGUGUGUGGGGCUGUGAUAAUUUGAAAUUUCUCUGCACAUCAUCGAUGGUUAAAAGUCUUGGGCAACUUGAAGUACUCAAGAUUUGGAAAUGUAAGGAGAUGCAAGUGGUAAUACUGAUAGAAGAACUGGUAGAAAAAGAAGAGACAAGCGAGACAAUAUUUCCCAAAUUAAACAACUUAGAGCUCCAUGACCUUCCGCAACUCAUAAGAUUUUGCUCCAAUUUCAAUUCUCUUGGAGAAGUAUAUGAAGCUCAAGGACACAAUGGUAGUGGAUCACAAGUACUUGCAGCCACACAAUCAAAUUUGGUGGAAACAGAAGUCACUCAGCUUGUAUUUCCUCAAGUAACAUACCUGCAACUUUGUUGUCUACCCAAUUUCAAGGGUUUCUUCCCUCAAAUCCGCAUCACAAAAUGGCCACUGUUGAAAAGAAUGCUUGUGGAACAAUGUGACAAGGUGAAGACAUUUGCUUCAGAAUUUCCAAGCAUUGAAGAAAAAAAUGGAGACGAGCAACUUGAAAGGCAAACUCAAGAUCCUAUGUUUUGGAUUGGCAAGACACUACCCAAUCUUGAGAAGCUGGUUGUGAGUGAAGCUUCCUUUCAUGAAAUAUUCCAAUGUGAAAGACUUCAUAGUGAGGGAAGACCUGUGUAUGCGCCCUCUCAGUUAAGCAAAUUAAAAUUAUCGAAACUUAUGGGGUUAAUGCAUCUUUGGAAGGAAGAAUCUGACCUCAAAUCGAUUUUCUACAACUUGAGAACUCUAGAGGUGCUUGAGUGUAUCAAAUUGGUGAAUUUAGUGCCAUCAGUUGUAUCUUUUGUGAACCUGCAGACUCUAGAAAUAUCAAAAUGUCAUGGACUUAAAAAUUUGGUGAGUUACUCAACUGCUAAAAGUUUGGAACAACUAAAAAGUAUGAGUAUAACUGAUUGUGACUUGGUGGAAGAAAUUGUCGAAUGCUUGGAAGAUGAUGCGAAGGAUGGCAUUGUCUUCAGCCAACUCAAGUCUUUGGAACUUUGCGGUCUUCCCAAACUUUCAAGCUUUUGCACAGGGAAGUGUGACUUUGAGUUCCCAUCUUUGAAAAAAGUAAUUGUGAGAGGAUGUCAUGGACUUAAAAAUUUGGUGAGUUACUCAACUGCUAAAAGUUUGGAACAACUGGAAAGUAUGAGCAUAACUGAUUGUGACUCGGUGAAAGAAAUUGUGGAAUGCUUGGAAGAUAAUGUGAAGGAUGGCAUUGUCUUUAGCCAACUCAAUUCUUUGCGACUUCACAGUCUUCCCAAACUUUCAAGCAUUUGCACAAGGAAGUGUGACUUUGAGCUGCCAUCUUUGAAACAAGUAUUUGUGACAGGAUGUCAUGGACUUGAAAAUUUAGUGAGUUACACAACUGCUAAAAGCUUGAAACGGCUGGAAACAAUGAGCAUAACUGAUUGUGACUCGGUGAAAGAAAUUGUGGAAUGCUUGGAAGAUAAUGUGAAGGAUGGCACUGUCUUUAGCCAACUCAAUUUUUUGGGACUUCACCGUCUUCCCAAACUUUCAAGCUUUUGCACAAGGAAGUGUGACUUUGAGUUGCCGUCUUUGAAAGAAGUAUAUGUUGACGGAUGUCCUGGACUUGAAAAUUUAGUGAGUUACACAACUGCUAAAAGCUUGAAACGGCUGGAAAGAAUGAGGAUAGAGGAUUGUGACUCGGUGAAAGAAAUUGUGGAAUGCUUGGAAGAUAAUGUGAAGGAUGGCAUUGUCUUUAGCCAACUCAAUUUUUUGCAACUUCACGGUCUUCCCAAACUUUCAAGCUUUUGCACAAGGAAGUGUGACUUUGAGUUGCCAUCUUUGAAACAAGUAUUUGUGACAGGAUGUCCACAGAUGAAAUAUUUUUCCAUGGGAAACACAGUAACAAAAGAAUUACAAAAUGUUCAUUAUGAAUGGGAAGGACACGGGGUAGGCGAUCUUAACAGCACAAUACAAGACUUAUUCACUCAAAAGGCAAGGAACAGGGGCACUUUCAGUCAGGGGAUUAGAAGAAGAGCUUACAAGGUUGGACUUGGAUACUUAAGGUUUGGACGUUUAAAGCUCUCUGAUGAGUUUUUUGACUUAAUUGAAAUUUGGAAAAAAAAUCCUGAAAAAUUAACGUUAACUUUCAAAAAGCUUCGAUAUCUAGAAGUUAGAAAUUGUAGCAGCUUAAGCUACCUUCUGACCCCUUCCAUGGCAUUGAGCCUCGUGCAACUCAAGGACUUGAAGGUAAAAGACUGUGCAGAAAUGGAACAAGUGAUCAUGGUUACAGGAGUUGAGGAGGCACUUGAAACUGACGUAAUAUCAUUCCCACAACUAGAGUCCCUUUCGCUAGAUUCUUGUUCCAAGUUGUCAGAUUUCUAUGUGGGAAGUAAUACCCUCAAGCUUCCCGUGUUGAAGAAAAUUACCAUAAAGGACUGUCUAAAGAUGGUUAGAUUUGUUUCUAAAUUUUUAAGCGAGAAAGAGAAAGAGACAGCUGAUGGAAGAAGUGAGGAAACUCUUGUUAAGGAUAUCUCCAUUGAGGCCUUUUGCUAUGUUGAGGUUGAGAUUCCUAUCUUGAAGACAUUGACUUUGUCCUCAAUCAAUAUAAAGCUAAUAUGGAACAAUCAACUUUCAUUAAUAUCUUCAUUUGCUCAACAUUUAGCAGAGUUGAAGGUGAUCAACUGUUCCAAUUUGAAGUAUUUGUUUACAUUCUCAAUGGUUAAAAGUUUUGUGCAACUUAAAGAACUUGGAAUUAGUGGAUGUGAGAUGAUGGAAGUGGUAAUAUUGAUAGAAGGGAUGGUAAAAGAAGAACAAAUUUGCCACACAGUGUUCCCCGAACUAGAGGUCUUGACACUUAAUGACCUACCGCAACUUGCAACAUUUUGCUCUAAUUGUGAUUCUCUAGGGAAAAUUUUUGAUUCUGAAAGAGUCAAUAUUGGUACUAGAUCACAAAAACUGCUAGCUACACAAUUGACUUUGGUGGAAACAAAAGCCACUAAGCUUGUAUUCUCUCAAGUAAGAGACCUUACACUUAGACUCUUACCAAAAUUCAAGAGUUUCUUCCCUCAAUCACACAUCACAGAAUGGCCAUCGUUGAAACAUUUAGUCUUGAUUGAAUGUCAUGGAGCGCAAAUGGUUGCUUCAGAAUUUUUAGGCAUUGAGAUGACAGAUGGAGACAACCAACUUGAAAGAGAAUCUCAACCUCUCUUGUUUUGGAUUAGCAAGGCUACAUUUCCUAGUCUAGAACGGCUGGCUGUGAAAUGGAAUGACAAUAUAAAGAUACAGUGUGGACAUCAUCCAGAGGGGUAUUUUGGUAAACUAAAGGUUCUGCACCUCCUCGGCUUUCCUAAGCAAUCGGAUUUUCUUCCUCCUUUCUUCUUCCACUCCCUGCCCAAUCUCGAAAAGCUUCUUGUGAAGGAUGCUUUCUUCGAUGAAAUAUUCCAAUGUGAAGAAGUUAUUGGUGAGGAAAAACCUGCAUGUGGACGCACUCCAUUAAGGACAUUAAGAUUGUCCAAGCUUCAUGAGUUAACUCAUCUUUGGAAGGAAGAUUGCCAACUUGAAGUGGACAUUCUCAGAAACCUAGAAACUCUAAAAGUGCAGGAAUGUAGCAGAUUGAAGAAUUUAGUUCCCUCCACUGUAUAUUUCGACAAUUUGCAGACUCUAGUGGUAUCUGAGUGUCAUGGACUUGUCAAUUUAGUGAGAUACUCAACAGCAAAAAGCUUGGGGCGGCUCUUUACGAUGAAAGUAGCCAAUUGUGAGAUGAUAGAAGAAAUUGUCGUAUGUUCGGGUGAUGCUCUGAAGGAUGGCAUUGUUUUCACCAAAUUGUAUAGUUUGCAACUUAAAGGUCUACCAAGACUAGAAAGCUUCUGCUCAGGGGAUUGCAACUUUAAAUUCCCAGCUUUGAGAGAGGUAAUUGUUACAGAGUGUCCAAAUAUGCAGAUUUUCUCUAAGGGAGAACUAAGAGCACCAGAACUGCAUAAAGUGAAAUUGACAGGAGAUACAUAUGAACAUAUGGAUGGAGAUAUAGAUGAAGAUAUAGAGAAAAGAAUAGAUGAUAUUUUUAAUAAAGAUGAACAUAAAUUCCCUCCAAAAUUUCCGGCUUACCAAAGCAAAAAGGAAGAUGAAGGAAGUUGGCAGGGUAAUCUUAACAGCACUAUACAACAGUUAUUCAAGGAAAAGUUACAGGGUGCUGGCAAUGGCAAAAAGGGCAAUGGAGAAAACAGUGAUCAUGACGCUAAAGAAGAUGGUGGCAAUUAAUGGCUAUGAACAAGACUGGGAUCUUAGGUUUUAAUGGUGCACUCACAAUAAGCUAGAUUUUUGUUUUAUCAAGCUCCCACAGUCCUUUGGCAUUCAAAAAAAAUCUUUUAAUUUCUAAAAUUCAUGUGUCGUAUGAUUAUCAAGUAGUUAAUUUUGGAAACCACUAGUGACCAUUUCAUUUUAUUUUUCUUCUUGUGCUUGUUUAUUGUGUGAAAGAGAGCAAUUGAAUUGUUAUGUAUCUUCAUUCAAAAAAGAGAUGUGAUUUGUAAGUCAAUUAUGUCUGCCCAUCUUGAUUUACAU